UGCUUACUGAGGAGUUGGCAACACUGGGUGGAACAUUUCCACAGUAAGACCAGACAAGACCGCGUCUUGUUACGGACAUUUAGGUUACAGUGACUACCAGCUGGUGGCGGUAAAGUACAGAAGUUCACCAGGUAAAGUUCACCAACAGCCGUUAAACGCUGUAGAAGAAGAAACAGCGUCACUACUGCUAACAAUGGCAGCCGCUUUCACGGAGUUACGGAUGGAUCAAUUGCCCACAGACCCGCUGCUGCACAUUUUAUCCUACUUGGACUUCAGGGACUUGAUGCACUGCAGCUUUGUCAGCAGGCGCCUGAACGAGCUCUCUAAGCACAAUCCUCUUUGGAAGUCUCAGUGCUGCAAACACUGGCUGCUGACAGAUGACGACCGACUGCAGAGCGGUGUGUCCUGGUUCUGCCUCUUCAAGCAGUACUACACUGAUCUGGGCCGGUACAUCCAGUAUUACGCAGUGCUGAAGAGGGCGUGGGAGCAGCUCAAGAGCUUCCUGCAGCAGAGGUGUCCACGAAUGAUCGCAUCACUCAAAGAGGGCACCACCGAGGUGGAGCUGAAUGACAUCGAGGCACAGAUCGGCUGCAAGCUCCCAGACGACUACCGCUGUUCCUACCGCAUCCACAACGGUCAGAAGCUGGUCAUCCCAGGGCUGAUGGGCAGCAUGUCUCUGUCCAACCACUACCGCUCCGAGGUGCUGCUGGAUGUGGAGACGGCGGCCGGCGGCUUCCAGCAGAGGAAGGGGAUGAGGCGCUGCCUGCCGCUCACCUUCUGCUUCCACACAGGCCUCAGUCAGUAUAUGGCACUGGAGCCUGCUGAGGGGCGCCAGAUGUUUGAGAGCUUCUACCCCUGCCCGGAUCAGACGGCUCAGGAUCCUUCAGCCAUCGACAUGUUCAUCACAGGCUCAUGUUUCUUGGAGUGGUUCACGACCUACGUGCACAACGUCGUCACGGGAGAGUAUCCAAUCAUCAGAGACCAGAUCUUCAGGUAUGUGCACGACAAAAGCUGCGUGGCAACCACCGGCGACAUCACCGUCUCCGUUUCUACCUCCUUCCUGCCAGAGCUUUCGUCCGUCCAUCCUCCACACUUCUUCUUCACCUACCGCAUCAGAAUAGAAAUGUCCAGCAGCGCCUCGCCUGAAGCUGCCUGUCAGCUCGACAGCCGCUACUGGAAAAUCACCACCUCUGAUGGCAACGUGGAGGAAGUCCAGGGUCCCGGCGUGGUCGGGGAGUUCCCGGUCAUGACGCCUGGAAAAGUACACGAGUACGCCAGCUGCACGACCUUCUCCACCUCGUCAGAGUACAUGGAGGGUCACUACACCUUCCACAGACUUGCCAGUAAAGAGGAAGUUUUCCACGUGGCCAUACCUCGUUUCCACAUGGUCUGCCCCCCCUUCAGAGAGCCUGUGGUCCGAACGCAGCAGAAGGCGUUGGCUAGCUACACGCCUCGCUUCGACGACCACGACGACGACGGCGAGUACUGCGACGGAGACGGCGAUGACUUCGACGACCUUAGGGGAAUCAACAUGGCUGCCUUGGAGGGAGCAUGGUGUCCUCGACACAUCUGACCUCUGACCUCCCAACAUCAUAACAUGCUGAUGUCAGUUAAUUGGGUCGAUGAACAUUAAAAGCUUCCGUAUGGCCUUUGACUCGCAGCAGGGGAUUAUGGGACUGGUUGUACCAGUGAACCCACCAAGCAGAGCCAUACGGGGACCGAGUCGCACCAACUUCCAGCUGCCAGUGAAACAAAAUCAAAAUGUGAAAGUGCAGUUUUAUAGAAAUGGUCUUUUUCUGUUGGGUGUUUAAGCUUUUGUCAGGACACUGUUUGAUAAGUGAGGAUGAGACGGGCUGGACGCCACUGGCGUUGGCCUUUUAAAGGAGCACCGUGGUGAUCUAUGGCUCCCAAACAAACACAGCAGGGAACAAACUGACGCCGGUGGCUUCAGGUUCCAGUUUAGAAUGAGGAAAAUACCGAUUUGUGUCGACUACAAGACUUAAAUCUGGAGGUUUUUUGUGAAAUGGAAAAAAUGUGGGUCUGUUACUUUUGUCCAUAAGAUUUUAGUUCUCAGAGGGAUAAUGCUUCUCCUUCUUUAAAUGAGAAAAGCAGUGGUUUGUUUUUUUUUGGGGGGGGGGGCAGGAACUUAAGCCUAACUACUGAUAGAUUUUGUUUUUUUUAUGGCUUCCUAGCCAAAAUUUAAUGAAAGAGAGAUUCUUUUCCAAAAAAUAUGGAGACUUCACAGUAUCUGCAGGUGAAAAGAUGUUAUGCUGCCGUCUUAAAGUGUAAUCUGAGAGACGCUGGAAGAAAAUUUCAGUAUGUGUGUGGUCAUUUAAUCCUAGCAUGCAGUCAUUUGGUGUAGAAAACACCAACCAGCCCAAUGUGGCCUCAUCGAAAGGAUUUUUUUCAUCCAACAAAUCCAUUCAACACCUACAAAGGUAAACAAGGAAAAUCUGAAAACCUGAAAUCAAAUAUUCCGAAUUUUUCCUGUGUUAGUAAACAGCAGGUAUAUCGUUGGAUUAGCGAUGAGCAACCACUCAAAUGUCUCACAUGUCUGAAGCCUAAACUUUUAGGAAUUAUUUAAGGCUUUCAUAUGAGACACUUUUUUAAUUUGAGAGAGGCGAUUCAACAUUAGCCCUCCCCCUAGUGGAUAAACUGAGCAGUGCAGCUGUUAUGUGUGUUAUUAAAAAGGAAAGAUCUCCACAGCCAAAGGUUUUAUUGCAUAUUUUUAUGGUUUCUGCUCCUUAAAUCUGGUGCUUAUCCUUUGUCAUGUGCCAGCAAAUCACACCUUCAGCCAGUAUUAAAACCCGAGAGAGACACAAUAAAGAAAGUAAAUUAAUACAAUAAUAAAUACUUGCAGCUAUAGAUUGAUAUGUUACCUUUAAGAUGAGUUGUAGUCAUACGGCAUAAGUUGGAGCAGUGAAAAAGAAAAUCUGGGUUUAUUGUGCUUUUUCCUCAAAAAAAAAAAAUUAUUUCAAAAUAAUGUGUACACGCAAGGGCAGGCAGAGUGUGAUAAGAGAAG